AUGGGGAAGAAGCAAAGGCAGUCCAUGAAUGAGGCUGAGGCAGUUAUUAUUUAUAGGAAGUUCCUCAUCAGCUAUAUCUGUGGUUGUGGGACCUCUCUGGUCCUAGACCACAAAAGCCUGAUGUAUCUGCGCUACCUCAGUAUUCUUCAGGGCGAUGAGGAAACUAAGGUCCAGUAUUUCUGUCACAUGGCAAGCUCCCAUGAUUCAUUCAGCUACUGGGUAGAUGAAAAGUCCCCAGUGGGGCCUGACCAAACCCAAGCUGUCAAACGCCUUGCCCGGAUCUCCUUGGUGAAGAAAUUAAUGAAGAAAUGGUCUGUAACUCAGAACCUGACCUUCCGGGAGCAGCUGGAAGCUGGUAUUCGCUACUUUGACCUACGUGUGUCUUCUAAGCCUGGAGACACUGACCAGGAGAUUUACUUCAUUCAUGGGCUCUUUGGCAUCAAGGUUUGCGAUGGGUUGAUGGAGAUUGAUGCAUUCCUCACUCAACAUCCUCAAGAGAUCAUCUUCCUGGAUUUCAACCACUUCUACGCCAUGGAUGAGGCCCACCACAAAUGUUUGGUUCUGCGAAUCCAGGAGGCCUUUGGGAACAAGCUGUGCCCAGCCUGCAGUGUGGAAAGCAUGACACUGCGGAGCCUGUGGGAAAAGAAGUACCAGGUUCUCAUUUUCUACCACUGUCCCUUCUACAAGCAAUACCCAUUCCUGUGGCCAGGGAAGAAGAUUCCGGCACCCUGGGCAAACACCACCAGUGUGCAAAAACUGAUCCUCUUCUUGGAGACCACCCUGAGUGAACGAGCCCCACGUGGGGCUUUCCAUGUCUCCCAGGCCAUCCUCACCCCAAGAGUGAAGACUAUUGCGCGAGGCCUGGUGGGGGGCCUCAAGAACACACUAGUUCACAGGAAUCUCCCUGCCAUCCUUGAUUGGGUGAAGACUCAAAAGCCUGGAGCCAUGGGCGUCAACAUCAUCACAUCUGACUUCGUGGACCUGAUAGACUUUGCCACGACUGUGAUUGAGUUGAACGACCUUCUAGAGGAUCGAGCUCUGACAUGUUGA